UCAAGUUUCCAUGAAUACACUUAUAUUUUUCACAUCAUGCAUAGUGGGGACCACACAUACCAAACAAUGGAGGCACUUUCAUCAGCAUUAUAAUAUCCUACCCCUCUGACGUUAAGGGAUUACCUUGGCAAAGUGCUCACUGGGAAAGAUUUGUGAACAAUUAAUAAGGAAAAACAGGUCUUUUGUGUACAGUGAAAACAUAUUGGAUCUUCAGGGUCAGCUCAUGAUAAAACAUACCUUUUGGAAUUAUGGCCAAAAUGUUUAAUCGUGGUUUCAUCUGAACUGAACAAAUUUUUUCCCAUGUUUUGGGGAAAUUGGAGAGAAAAUAUGGCAGUGAAAACAUAUGAACAGUUGAAAUUUAUGUAGGGUUAAUCAGAGGAACUUUAAUGCUAAACUCAUUCAACAACACUUGAAAUGUCACUAUUUCAGUUUUUUAUUUUAUUUUCCAAAAGAUUUAGUUGUACAGAUUCGGUCACGUUAAGUAUGGAAAACAUUUUUUUAAAAUGCUGUUUAAUUAUAAAAAAAUGACAUUUGGAGUGUGUAGACUUUGUAUAUUCAUAUGCCAACAUGGAACACAAUUUGUCAAAAGGUGGUGAAUUCAAAUGACAGAAAAAUAAUUGAUAUCUGUAGUUCUACAUUUUGGUUGUUUAUGACCAUGUAUUUCUAAAUUGUUUUUUAUGACAUUGUGAAAAUUGAAUAUAUGUUAGAAACAUACUUUGAAGUCUGAUAUAAAAUCAGGAAAGCACGAGUGAAAUUAGCUUUUUAACGUUGUCAAAAUCUACCAUUACACUUUUCAGCAAAAGUGAGUAAAGAAUAAUAACAGAAUGACUUACAUGUAUUUGUUGUCUCCCCGACCGUUUCCCCUGGUUUCUUUUUGUUUCUCUUUUUCGUGAGAACAAGUCAACAUUCAAGUGAAAAAGUUCAAUGCCAAAGCUAAAGUCGUUACAAUGUAGUGACGUUCAAUGUCAAGCGAAGAGCUCCGGAUUUUCCAGUGUUACGUGUUACCGUGGUAACCCCUAUGCAGGUAAAAAGAAAGCGUCUCAUCGCCUUGCACUUCGGACCACUUUCAUGACGUUAUAAACCACAGAAACGACGAAUUUGUCCAUUUCGCCGUUCUACGUGAUCGUCAAAGAACAACUGUUAUAUUUAAGGGGUCGCCAAAGUAUCAGGGAAAAAUGUGUCAACACACAGUUGGUGAGCUUUGCUGACGAUAUUGGCGCAGCUUGUUCGCUGCCACUUCACAGGGAAGAGUCCCACCAUGGAACCUCUGAAGCAUUCAACAGACUGCGGGAAGCCGAAUGCUAAGCCAAAGAAAAAGGAACCCUCUACGGUUGGCAACAGUCAAGCCAGUUUGCCAUCACUCUGGCCUGUGCCGUAUUCUACCUCGGCAUCCUCGCUGCGCAGGAGCCUUUUUGAUCCCGCCACCAUCAUUGCUGUUACAGACUCCCCCGUUCUGGUGGCUCAAGCUGGAUCAAUGAAAGUCUCAACAGAGUCUAGAUGGAAGGAAAGACUAUCAGGAGCAUCUCUAUCAUGCAUGAACCUAUCUGAUGAAGCAGCAAAGAGUUUGACAGAUAAAGAUGAAUUCAGAGUCACCAUUAGGGAUGUAGUCAGUCUUCCCGCCAUAAUUGUGGGCGCAUCCUCUGAAAGUUCUUGUUCUACGGUUGAAGUGCAAUUACCAGAGCUAAAAUGGACAGAAAAGCUUCCAAAGAAGGCCUCUGCAACAUGCACUAACAUCUCCGUUAAGACUGCUGAUGAAGCGGCACAAAGUUUCACAGAGAAAUCAAGAUCAAGAGUCACAAGAAGGGACUUGUUCAAUCUUUCUGCCAUUGGUCCGACCACUUUCCCUGGAAGCCCUCGUGUUGCGGGAUCACGGAAAGCCACCGCAGAGAUAAAAUGGACCAAAAAACUAAGACAGAAGCCCUUGUUAUCAUGCGCUGACAUUCCUGUCACCGUGACUGAUGAAGCAGCAGCAUCACAGAAGGCCACUCUUGUUGAGAAGGUUCCCAUCACUGGCAUGGAGAUAGUUCAGUUUUUCCUCAAGGAAAGAAAUGUGGGAGAACUAAAGGUGUUUUACUUGAAGGAACAAGAGUGUGACUUGUACAGACCCUAUGACCUGCGAGUGGUCCCAGUCAGUGAGGCCGGUUCCGAGCACUACGUCUUCACCGUCAGUACAGUGCUGCACGUCACCCAGAGGGGUUACGGAGGACUUGUUUCUUUGGAUGAGUGGCACAGGGAGUCGGUGCUCUGGACGGCUUUGCGGGCGAUCCCCUUUUUUAGGGAUUUCAUUCUGCGAAAUGCUGUCACUCUGUGGUAUAAAAAUGUGCGUGAGAUUGUUUACAAUCGAAGAUCUGAGGAAGUGCAGGCUCUCCUGCUAACGAAGAUCCCCCAGUACAGAAAUGGUCUCCUCCACUUAUCCAGAAGAAUAGAAGAACUGAAAGUGACACACUUGCUACCUCUGGACAAGUCAAAAACAUACACGCUGUCGGAAUUUCAGAGAAGUCUGGUGACCUGUAGGGAAAAAGUUCUAAACAGUCUAAAGCAGCUAUCAGAAUUACGCAUCGGCAUCCUUAAUAAGGCCAAAGAGAAGAGUUACAAGGUCCUCAGGGAGCUUCAGGAGCACCUCUCCUAUGCCGAAUUGCCACAUCAUUGUUGCAAACCCAUGCAUUUGCAUCAGGCUCACCUGACUGAGCUGCAGGGGAACUUGGCACACGCCGACAGUAUCCUGCAGAAGCUAGGCAACUUUGCUGCCCUCGUCAAUCACCUCAUUGUGCAAAGUCUUGUCACCGUCAUCCAGAAAAAUCUCACAAUGUUCCUAAGUAAUGUUCUGAAGAGAGAGUAUUCUCACUGCGGCUGCCUCUUCCAAAUGGACCUGCGUCUUGUUGCUGGUCAGCUGACUCUGGACCCACCUUUACAUUCCUUCCGAGAAACAAUCACACAGGCGCUUCUGUCUGCCGGCGACUCAAUAAGCCAGAUGUGUGACACUUGUGGAUUUUUCCUGGAGAUCAGCAGCACACACGACUGUCAGGAUGAAACAUCUGACCUCGACUGUAGUCCAUACGCUGGUGUCAUAGACACUGAAGGUGAGGUAAAGGACGACGAUGGAAUGCCUGCUCUCCUGCGUUAUAGCUGUUGCCAUUGGAUCAGAGAACAGCGCCCCCUUUGGAAGUCCAUGACGACCGUGCAGGGCCACAAAAUGCCUUUCUCAUACUAUCCCCUAUCCAAAGAACAACUUGAGUGGUAUAUCACCACCAAUGAUGUGGCAAUAUGCGUCAACACGGAACACUCUGAGCUGAUGCAGGCAGCAGAGUGUGAGAUGCAACAGCUGUUAAAAUGUUACACGUGGCUACUGGAUGUCCGUGUGUUCAUCAGCCAGUGGAGCCCAGCCUCUUUAGAAAACAUGAAGGGUCAACCCGCUUCACUGUAUCAAGAGCUAAUUACGAAGCUGCGCCAGUGGAUUGAACAAAUGCGCGCUGCCCCCUCGUUUAUCUCGACCUCCAACCAGCUAUUCAUUAUCCACUGCACCCAUAUAAAGGAAAAUCUAGGGCAGCAGUUGAGUUUGAUAGAGAAUGAAGUACAGGAAGAGUUAGUGAAGCAAUUGAAACUAUGCUCGGAGAGCUUUUUGCAGCAUUUGGAGGAAUCUUUUGCAACUCUCAGGACUGAACCCAAAGAUUUGCAUGACUUGCCCAAAUAUGUUGAUGUGGUGUGGAAGUCAAUGAACAUGCUGGCUGAGAUGCAGAAACGUUUAGAGUACAAUUACACCCUCCGGGACAGUAUUUGCAUUCACUAUCGAGAGAUGACCAAUGAGGAGCUGAAUUUGGAGAAAAAGAUGUUGGACAUGUGGGAUUGCUAUAAUUCCCAAUUGAAGCAAGCAGAUGGCACCUUGCGUUCCCGCCUCCCCACAGUGGCGACUGCGCUCUACACAAUGUUCCCAUGGAUGGCUUCCGAUUUAAGAAGUAUCGUCUGUAAUGCUACCUCUGGUCUCUUUCUUGAUCCAAGACAAAAUGCUGAACAUUUGGCCUCUGAAUUGAAUUACAUGAGUUUACGUGUGGGAACUGCCUCCUCCAAUCUGGAGCAGCUGUCUAAGACUGGUGAUAUAUUCGAAGAAAAUCCAGUAGACUUGACUGAUCUGACUGACAUUCCUAAGCUCAUUGCCCGGAAGGAGCUGUGGGACCUCACGGCUCUUUACAGACGAUGUUUACAUGAAUGGAAUACGUGCCGGUUCACAGAGCUUGCGUUAACGCGAGCUCAAGAGCAAAUCGCUCACUGGCAGCAGCAAGUUGCAAAGCUAUCACACAUCAUACCCGCUGGUGACGCAGUGCUCCGGGAGACUUCAGAAACCAUCUAUGAUUUAAGUUGUCGGCUGAAAAUCUUGGCCAGGUUUUGGGGCCCAACAAUCAAACCGAAACACCGGACCACUUUUUUCAAAGGCCUUGGCUUAUGGCAUGCUUCCGAUAAAAAUGCAACUCUUGCGCAGCUUAUUUAUCAGCCGUUUGGCCUUCACCAGGAACUAAUCAACAAGAUCUGUAGCGAUGCUCAAAAGGAGAAUUCCAUGGAGCAGACGUUUCAGAAAAUUCAACACGCCUGGACAAACCGUAUUUUCCAGCUGCAGAACUGUACAGGUCCUUGUUGGCAUCUUGCUGAUCCACAGAUAUUGACAAAGAAUUCCACUUCUGACGCCUCUUGUGAUGCCAAAACUAUCAUUGGCCUAGAAUUUCUCUUCUCUGAGAUAGAAACGGAUUUGAUGACGAUGACAAAUAUGCACAGCUCACGGCACAGUGUCGACUUUAGGUCACAAGUAGAAGAGUGGAUGCACUUGCUCCAAGAGCUUGAGAAGCUGUUGCAUUUGUUUGAGAUCUAUCAGCAAAAAUGGAUCUUCCUGACUAAGAUAUUUCAAGAAAGAACAUUGGGUGUUCAAAGAUGGGAUUUGCUGGCACAAUUCCGAUCAGUUGAUGAGCAUUUCAAGACCAUGAUGUGUCACAACUCGGCUCACCCCGAUGUGCUGAAUCUUGUCCGUCCCAAAAUGGGGAUAGAAACCCCCCACGGCGGCAGCCUUUGCGAAAUUCUCCUAAAUGAGAUAUCAACGUUGAAUGCUCUUGCUAGCCAGAUGGCAAAUCGUCUCCAUUCUCGCUGCAAAUUGUUUCCGAGACUCUACUUCUUGAGUGACCGGGAAGUAGUGGAACUACUAUCUUUACAACCAACACCCACCUCUCUGUUACCCUUUGUACGGAAAUUUUUUAAAGGGGUACAGUCAAUGGAUGUGGAGGAAAUAUCUGGAACUGCGAAUGGACAGGAUACACUCGACACACAGACGAGGGUACUUGGGGUCUUCGGCAACUUCCGGGAGCGCAUUAUCUUUCUUUCUCCAUUGGAACCGAAUCACAAUCUUUUGAUUUGGCUGAGUACGUUUCAGGAUCAGCUCAAGUUAACCAUGGAAGAUCUCCUGAUGCAAUGCGCUGAUGAACGAAAACAACUCGAGCCAUCAACUCUAGACGCUUCACAUAAAAACAUUUGUGGACAUGUAUUACCAGUGCUUGAAAUGACAGCUAAAUAUCCUCUCCAGUGUCUUCUUGUCGCAGAGGAGACCGUCUGGUGCAAUGUCCUUAAUCAAGCUUUCCAGGAAUCGAGCACCAUUAAGAUGAGUGCGAUUAAUGCAUUCAACAAGGCACAACUGGCAAAUCUUUGCCGGUCCUUACGGGACGCUGUUGCGAGAUCAAAAAGCGAUGUACAGCUCUCAAAAUACACAAUGGCGUGCUUGCGUGCUUUAGUGCUCCUGAGAAUUCAACAUGCAGAGCAACUAACUCAACUAAUGCAGGUGCAGUGUCAGCCAGGGUUAUCUUUUGAGUGGCUGAGUUCUCUCAAGUAUUAUAUAAACUCGACGGGUCCGAGUCAGAAAGAAACUGAUGGUCCAAAAUGUUAUGUGGACAUUUUGGGCCGUAAGAUUCCAUACGGUUCUGAGUAUUUUGGUCCAGAAGAAUUUGGAAUGGUGCAUACUCCCUGCACCGAUCGAGUGAUCAUGGGAAUUCUCCUUGCCGUGACGAGCUACAGAUGUGGAUUUGUGAACGGGCCAUGCUCUUCGGGAAAGACAAAUACAGUGGUCCGUCUCGGGAAAGCAUUGGGGAGAAAUGUCGUGAUGCUGCACUGCUGUCCAAACAUGUCUCCUGAUAUUUUUCAAAAAAUGCUCCUUGGUGCUCUUAUGACAGGGGCAUGGUUUGUUCUAGACUCUGUGGACUUGCUGCCUCAAGGUGUCCAGGCGUCACUGGCACAACAGCUUGAGGACAUUUACCAGUCUUUCUUUGGGUUGUCGGCAAAGAGCAAAGACGAGCGAAAGAGUGCCUCGGGUUCUACAAGCGCAUUUCAUUCAGAAUGCUGCACGGUGAUUUCAGGGAUAAGCGUUUCUGCUAGCCUCAACUAUGGAAGUGUUCUCAUAUCAUCAAAGGAAUGCAGCUCGGAGCUUUCACAAAGUUUGCGAUUUUCCACAAGACCUGUGACAUUUUCCUGUCCCGAUCACAGGAUCAUUGUGGAGAUAAUGCUGACCUCCUUUGGUUUUAAGGAAGCCAAGUGUUUAAGUCAGCGUCUGGUAUCCCUCAUCAGCCUCAGCAAGGACUCGCUCUGUCUGCCGGUCUUCCUUACACAAAACCAGAGUAGCCACCUUGUCGUUUUGCAAAAUAUCACAUCUGCCUCUAAAAAACUCUUCAAACAAUUUGUCCGUCACGAGAAAUUUUCUGGUAAGGCCAGACGGUCUUUUGUUAUCCGAACUAUUCUUAAAUCUCCAGAAAAUGAACAUGCCGACGAUAUUAAUGAGGCUCAAGAACAAGCCAUUUUCUCUGGCUUAUUGGAGGAAAUAGCUGUUGUCAAAGCGAUUCACUCGGUCUUGUCACCGUUUAUGUAUGUGUCUACCAAAGCCUCACAGUUUAACUCCAUUUUCAAAGAAUUGUUUCCUAUUGCAAGUCAGCUUCCCUUUAUUCAACAAUAUACUCAGGAUGAACCAAACUACGAACUUGAAGAAGCAGUGUCCGAAGAAUUAGAUCAGCUCCAGUUACACUCUAACGCGGAAACUCUUUGCCAGGCUCUGACACUCUACCACACCUUGAGUUUCUCUCGUGCGGUUGUACUUCUUGGGCCCAGCGGAAGUGGAAAAACAACCUGUUACAGCGCUCUGGCAGCAGGCCUCACUCGACUUGCAAACAAAACUGGUGAAAACACAUCCGAUGACAACAAGUUACAAUCGGAUACCCCUCAGGCAAAACUUCAGACCUCUGUUUCAAACUGGAUCUCCGUCAACACUGUGGUCCUAUUUCCAAACGCAAUGUCCCGUGAGGAGUUAUUUGGUGGAUUCUGUGAGAAAACCGGAUGGCAAGAUGGAGCUGUGACCAAGGCAUUGAGAGAUUCAGAAAGACACAAGACUGGAAAAUUUGAAAUGUGCAAAACGGAAACGCCUAGUCAUGAGACCAAAGCAGCGAAAUGGCUGGUCAUGGAUGGAGAGCCACCGGGAAAACCCUGCUGGCUAGAUCACUUAAGCACACUGAGUGACCUUGAGAGCCCAUUUUUAAGCGUACCUUCUGGUGAAACUCUCAUACCAUCCCAAUCACUCUUCAAGUUAAUUAUUGAGGCCACGGAUUUAAGUGAUGCAAGCCCCUCCGCAGUGACCCGCUGCAGCCUCAUUUACUUUACUGGCACUGAUGUUUGGGAUUCCGUGUGGAAGAGCGAAAUGGAUUCUUUCCAUAUUGGUUUCACUCUGGAUCAAGCGACCCUGGAAAUGUGGACUCAGCUGUCAGAAGAUCUUUUCUCCAGCACUCUCAGUUUGCUGAAGAAGAACAAUAUUUCAAAUAAAGGGCAACCCUCAACGUACGGCCUGGUAGAAAUCACAUCAUUCAUUCGAAUCCUGCGUGCCCUCUUGGAACAUUUUGCCAAGAAACACAAAAACAAAGAAGCCAUCGCACAAAAAGAUAUGCCUCCGGGCAGAGAUUCCGAUAGAAAUCAAGAUCUUUUUGUGUUGGCUUAUAUUUGGGGUUUUGGUGGACAUCUCCAUCCUCGACUCUGGCCUCAAUUUGACAUUGUUGCCCGCCAAUUACUUUUGGAUAGUCGAUCUAAAAUUGUGGUUCCCCCCGAAGGGACUGUAUUUGAGUUCUUCUUUAAUAUUGACAACCAGAUAUACUCUAAUAACACCUUAUUGACAAAGUCCAUCACUCCAAAGUACUGGAAGUACACCUGUCUGCUCUCCGUCAUGUUGGAGGCCAUUCAGCCUGUGUUGCUUUCAGGAGAGCCAGGUUCGGGAAAAUCGACUGUGUGUAGCGCCCUGCUGUGUUUUGAUAAGCCACACAUUAAAGUACCAGCUAGUUCUAUACAGGGUCCCGCAGACUUGCGCCAUUUGCUGUGUGGAAUUAGCUACCAGAAGAGCUUUCAAAAAACCAAGGGUGUCAUGACCAAACAGCCAGGCCUGUUACUUUAUGUGGAUGACUUGCAUGAGACACCACGUGAUGUGACUGGGAAGACUUCAAAAAUCUUAGAGACACUACGACAAAGUGUUUCAAAAGGAGGGGUUCUUGCACUUGAUUCUGACCACUUCAAGGUGCUCAGUCCGGGAGUCAUCACCUACCUGGCUACCUGUUGUGUCUUUGAACUGGACAACCCCCAUUUUAGUGUAAUAUCCUGCAGGCUAUCACGUCUGUUCUCCAUUUUUGCACUUCCAAGCUUAACCGCAGAGUUCAUCUUUUCUAUUCAUUCGCCUCAGCUUAAGCUCUGGAUGAGGGAUGUGCCAUUUAUCCCAAAUGUGCUGGGCAUGGUGCGUUCUAUCAUCCAUGCAACAGAGAAUUUGUAUGAAGAUCUUUGCAAGAAUUUCCAGCCCACGAGACAAAGUCCCCAUUUUUUACUCUCCCACCAUGAUCUGAAGAAGGUGUUUGAGGGGAUGUGCUUAUGGCAGCCCGUCCUUCCAAAAAUAGAGCCGCUAGACCCAAAGUUAAAAUCGAAAUGUUCCCCGGACCCUCAAGAGCCUUUAGACAUACAGCUCAACAUUGUGCAUCUUUGGAUACAUGAGUGCAUGCGUACCUUUGGUGAUCGAAUCAACUCAGAAGACGAAAGGAAUAAACUGCAAUCAAUCAUUACCAAGACGGCAACGGCACACUUUACAGUGCAAUUGCCAGAUGAUUCCAACCUCGACGACCUCUUCCCUCGCAGCUCCGCUAGGCUCACUGCAGGAUUCGGCACCCCAGACAGCCGUACACCUCGAAGUCCAGCACAAGGACCAAAAUCAGUUGCAUCGACAGAAUCAAAUGCCUCAAGUCGGCAAACAAAGUUUCUUCAGCACUUGAUGGAAGCGGUGACUAAGCUUACCUAUGGCCCAGAGCUUGUUGGGAAUCAUUUUCCUGUAUUCAAACGUAGCUCUUAUCAGCCACAAGAUCUCAACGUGAUGAUACAGCACCUAUUGGAACUCAUUGACUUGAAAGACAACGAAAUACCAGAAGCCGAGAGGCACUUUGCCUUCAAAUACGCUGUGCACAGACAAAGGAUUUGUCAGAUGUUGCAUAUUUUCAGGGCUCUACUCAUACCUGGAGGUCACGGAUUGCUAAUGGCCUCAGGUAGUGGCACAGGACGUAAAACCACCGUACGUUUGGCGGCCUCUGUUUCAGGCUCCCACCUGAUGGAGGUACACGCUGGUAAUGAGAGUGAAUUGAAUAGGAUUUUAAAACAAGCUGGGAAUCGAACCCGGGUUUAUGAAAUUAACACAAUCAUUCUGGUUCAUGAGAAUAUAAGCUCCUCUGUCAGAGAAGAGCUCUUGGUGGCCCUCAGGUCCUACCCGGGGCUCUACACAGAUCAGGAGCUGGCCAAGCUUGUUUCAAGGGUGACCGCGGUGUAUAAAACAAAAAGAUUCCUUUUGGACAGCUGGAUUUUUGACAAGCACUUGUGUCAGAACCUCAGAGACGUGCACGUAUUCAUUUUGAUGCCUGCCGUUGUUUCAGCCAACAGUGGAAACAACCAAUACAAGGCACAAAUGAACAAGGCUCUGGGCCUCUGCUGUGUGGAGAUGUACCAGCCUUGGUUCAAUCGGUCUUUGGCAGAAGCUGCUGCUCACUGCCUGAAAAAUAUUUAUCACAAUUUGAAAAUACAAGGCUCACAAGAUGGCCUGGCCGUCGCUAUGGCAGGAAUCCACCAGUCUGCAUAUCAAUACGCUUCUGUUCUUCUGAUGGCACAGCCUUUCAGCCCUUACACAUUUAUGGCCUUCAUUUCCCACUUUGGUUACCUCUGCAAAGUUAUGCUCAGUGAAUUGGAGAGCCGAUCCAAAAGACUUAACACUGGUCUGUCUCAUUUGGAUGCACUGGACAACACUGCCAUGAAGUACAAGCAAGAGUUAAUGAGGAUGCAGGGAAUAGUUGCUGAGAUACAGCAGCGUGUGGAUGAGCUCCUUGGAGCCAUAAAUGACCAGAAGACUUUGCUUCAUAAAGCUGAAAAGAAUUGUGCUAAACAGGAGAGAAAAAUACAAAUCCUGGAAGACCGCAUUGCUGAAUCUGAGAACGAGCUGAGCCCCUUUUUCCAGGCAGCACUCGAUGUGCUCCAUAGUCUGGAUCCGUUAGACCUCGAGGAGGUGCGUCACUACCGAGAUCCACCUGAUGGGGUGGUGCUCGUAAUGGAUGCCGUUCUUUUGCUCUUUGAUCGACCAUCUGGCUGGGCCAAUGCAAAAAAACUCUUUGGACAAUGCAACCUGUAUAAGUGCCUGGAAACAUUUGACUUCUAUAGCCUUACGGACAUACAAAUGUUACAACUUGGUGAGUUAAUUCAAAACCCCCUGUUUGUGCCGGAGUGCAUCCGUGAGGUGAGCAACGCCUGCGAGACUCUCUGCCGCUGGAUCCUUGCUGUCAACAAUUGCGGCUCGAAGAGAUACCAACUGAUGGUCAGAAAGCAGCUUGACUUAAUGCUUGUAAGGGCACAAGAUCAACUUGAGCAGAUCAAAGAUUACAUGGGGGAAAUACACCGUUGUCUCGAAGAGCUCGGUGUCCAGCUCCAGCCGGUACAGGAAUUGCUGGAUGAGCAACUCGUGCUUCUACACAAAGCUGAGUGCCUGGAGAGAAAUGCGGCUAAUGCUGUGAAACUCUUGUUGAAGCACACAAGAGUGUGGAGGGCUGAAGCUCAGGAUGCACAGUUGCAGAGACAAUGCUUACCAGGAGACGCCAUGGUCCUAGCCGCCAUCAUCUCAUAUUUAGGCCCCUUUGCAGCUGAUGUACGCACCGAAUUGCUGAGCAAAUGGAGGGUGUUGUGCCAGACAGGAAUUAUCGAUGCAAAUCCCACGGACCCCAGAAGUUCCCUGUUCACGUCCUCUGACCCGGCAACUGCUCAGCCAAUGUCGGGUUUUCCCGUCACUCUGUCCGGGACGCUACAGCCUCUUCUGUGUCGGGUGUUGGGUGUGAAAGACUGGCCGCCUCAUGAGACGGCGACCACCAGAUUGGUGCUGAAGUUGAUGCUGUGGGGCUGCAGGAGGAGUUGGGUUAAGUGCUGGCCUCUACUGGCUGACACCAAGCAUCAUCUGGAGAUCAAUUCUAAAAAUGGGGUCAUUACAGGCGAAACAGGAGACGAUGUGAGUCUCGGGAAGGAGUUUGAGUGUGAGAUAGUGGUUUGUGCUGAUGAUCCAAAGCUCAUGUGCCACUUGGACCUGGCUGCUGAGAAAGGCUUGAAAAUCCUGGUGACUCACGUAGAGCGAGUAUCACUAAGUCCAGAGUUUCUCGCUACUUUGGCCCGCCCUGCUGCGAGUCGCCCCCCAGGGUCAAAACCUACUGCCCACCAGACCCACCCACAGUUCUGCCUCUUACUCAGCACCCACUAUCCUGCCCGACUUCUCAGCAGUGCCAUCCAUCCAUCCGUGCUGGCUCAGGUGGAUGUGGUUGACCUCUCGCCAAGCUCAGAUCAGAUCCAGGAACUCAUGCUGACUCAACUACUGCAGUCGGAGUGCAAAGUGCUGCUGAUUCAACACCUGCGGAUGCAGAAUGACAAGCAGCUGCUGCAGAAGAAGCUGGUGACGGAGGAGGACUCUCUGAUGGACUCAGUCCUGCAGUCCGACGCCACACGAAUGCAAGCGCCCGAGUUCCUCACCCAAGUGGCUGAGGUUCAAGAAUCAAUGUCUUGCGUCCGGACUGAGUUGCAGCUGGUUGAUGAGAAGAAAGAGUUCCUCGAUCCCCUGCUGGCUGCCCCCCAGCAGUUGAUAAAGUUGGCUUGCCUCUUCUACCAGGCUUUGCAGGAGCUGUCCCGCCUCUCCCCUGCCUAUUACUUUCCAUUAUCCGCCUUUAUGGCAGUGAUGCAGGAGGCCUUCGCUGAGAAGGCGAGUAGGCUUGUGUCAUAUGGCACCGGGAAGGUGAUGGGAGGAGUAAUACCGGAGAUACGGAACAAGAUGGUGGCAAAAUUGAUGUUCUACUACCGGCCAUGUCUCUUUCGAAGCCACGGUGCUGUUUUCAAGCUGUUGGUGACUUUGGCUGUGAUGCACACCAACCAACUCUGCUCUUUACCGGAGAGGACAGCUUUCGUAUUGGGAUUCAAAGAUAUUCUUGUUCCUCCAACUCUACAUUCCCCAAAGGACAAUCGAAUAUCCCCCGAGGGUGACUCUGACCUCCUCAUUUUAGAAAGGAUCCCAGACUUUACAGGAUUGACCGCUUCUCUGACCUCCUCGCGCAAUGAGUGGCAAGAUUACCUGCGCUUGCCUUCCACCGUCAUAACAGACCCGGUCCCCUGCGGAUCUCACCGCCAUCUGUCCUUGAUGCAGCGCGCUCUCCUUUUGAAGACCUUGCACCCGCACUCCACAGAAGAGCUCGCUGAGGCCAUGGCGGCCUGCCAGUUCCGCAUACCUCGCAACCCAUCAGUGCCUCACUGCGGGAACCCAGGGGCUCUUUACAAAUUUCUUGGGAAGCACAAGGGACCCAUCAUCCUAACAUGGCCUUGUUCAUCCAAAGAUAAGUGGACAAGCAUUAAUCCUCUCCACUUAGUGAGGCUCUUGGCCUCCAAGGCCACAGAAACAAAGGAGGUGAAAGUAAUUUUUGCUGGAGGACUUUGUGACCAAGACUUCAUCAUCUACACUCUGGAAAAAACAGUCCGAGACGGUCACUGGUUGGUUUUUAAUAACUGUCACCUGGUGGAGCAUUGGGAUGCUAAACUCGUGGCACGUUUCAAUCAGCUGUUUUCCCCUUUUGGAGCAACAAAGCACGUAAAUAUUCCUCAUCCAGACUUCCGAGUGUGGUUUCUCACUGAAGAAACUACUCAGUCCUUCCUACCCGCAUCAGUGCGAUUGCAUGGCCUGCCUCUGGCUUGUGACUCCUCCUGGACCGUGAAAGAAGAGUUGAGCUGCUCCUUACAAUAUUUGUCAUCCGUCGCUCAGUGUCACUCAGAAAACUUGGCCGACAGCACGCAACUCCUUCUGCGCUGCGCAACUUUCCACUCUGUGUUGGUACAGAGAGAGGCCUACAAAUACUUGGGCCAGGCCAGAAUCUACGGCUGGAGCCAAUCAGAUCUUCUAGCUUUGGCGGACGUACUCAUUUCUUCCGCCAGUCUGUGCCACGACAAGAGAAAAGCUUUGCAGUACAUUGCAGUCCACCUUGUGCAUGGCGGCCAUGUUUUGGAGUCUGUGGAUUCAGAGGUGUUGCAGAACACUGCAGAAACCUGCUUCAGCGCUGCACCACCUCUGGCCAGCGGGCCACACAUGCUCGCCAAUGUCAUCAUCUGCACUGAACACCGAGAUUUAGACAAAAUCCAGCGAAUACUGCUGCCGCAGCUGCUGCGUGGCAUGGACAUCAGCGAGCCUCUCCUGUUGGGUUUCAGUGCUGAUGUGGAAGCUGAAAUAGUAAAAAUCAACAGUCACAAUCUGAACAAGAUGCUCCAGGCCUCCCAGACUCCUCAAAGGCUCGCCUCAUGUUCACGCAGCGGGCUGGCGAUGCUGCCGGAACUUAGCCAGGCUACAGAGCGUCUGCGUGCGCUGCAGGAUUACCUCACACACCAAAACGAAAUCCGAUCAAGAAACUCCGGAGCUGUUUUCCAGAGUCCCCUUUACGACUUCCUUCUGGCCGAGUGGCAUGAGCUGAGCGGCUCGGUGUCCUCACUGCUCUCUCGGCUCCAACAGCCACUCCGAUACAUGACGGCGACCUUCCUGUCCCUGCCCACGCUCACUGCAUUGUCGCGCAUGCAGAGACGGGCGGAGCUGCUCAGCGCUUAUCUGUGGCGCGACAACAAUUUGGCACCUCGCGCCGCCUACCGACUGUCUGCUUUUGCCAAUGCCAAGGGCUUUCUGGUGGCACUGAGGAGAAAGGCCGCUCAAGUGCAUCAUAAGUACAUCAGUGAUAUCGCUCUGCAGAUCGAGGUUCGUGACGAUCCAUUAUUCACCCCACGUCCAAAAGAUAUAGUGGACUUGUGUGACCUGGAACUAAGAGGAGCAUCGUGGGACGUGCACAGGACAGCCUUACAAAACUCGCUCUCUCCACAGCCGUGCCCCAUGCCUCUCAUUUGCAUCAGGGCACAAGUGAAAGAUGCACACUUUCCGCGUCCCCUGAGCACCGAUCAAGUUUAUCAUUGUCCAAUUUAUUUGGAGGAUUUGGACACUGGAGAGGAAGGGCGAGAUGAUUUUAGCAUUGUCACAACGGUUCCGCUUCCUACCGAGUUAGAGCCUUCCUUAUGUAGUUUACGGAAGGUUCGGCUAGUGAGCAGGCUUUGUGAUGCCGAGGUUUGUUCUUAGCCUUUUACGCAGAGAAAGCGGAAAACUACGCUCUUUUACAGUGGCGAGUGAUUCAACAUUUAAGUGUGCAACUGAAAUCUUUUUUUUUUUAUUGUUCAAAAUUAUUUAUUGACACACAAAUGUAUGUCUGUACUGUUGGACUAUGAGCUCUUCAGAAUAUAUUCAUCCAUGUUGCUUUUUCAUUAAAAAGGUUCUCUAGUCAUAAUGAUA